AUGGCUGAAAUAGAAAAAUCCAAGGUCCACCUGAACUGUCAGAUACUGAAAGAGGCGUACUGCCCCGGUGAGACCCUGACGGGUGAGGUUCAUCUUGACGUCAAGAAGUCUGUGACUUUUUCAGCACUAAAACUUCAUUUAUUGGGUAUUGAAGAAAUUUACGGCGUUAUAUCCAUUGGCUUCAAUCCUCAGGUAAAUAGGGACUCCCUAACCUACCUGAAUCACUGGAUUACCUUUACAUCCCCAACGAUGAAUAUCAAUGGAGACGAGACUUUAACCUAUGACGCAGGUUGCUAUAAGUUUCCAUUUUCUGUACCACUUAAUUCAGCGCUCCCUCCGAGCUUUAAUUCUGCGAAUACCCACUCCUACAUUCGGCUCGUGUACACGGCAAGUGCGAUCUUCGAAAUCGAUAAGAAUCACAAUGUCACUUCGGACGCCUAUUUUCGCAUCAAGUCCGUUGUCCCGCAUCGUCAGACAGUUGUCCAUACGAAUUGUGCGCAGCGCAUCGAUUUCGAAGUCCCCGUUUACCGACACUCCUUCAUGGGAUGGGUUCAUGGAAAGCAGCUCGAUGAGUCGGUCCAUCUGUCGGCUAGAGUUGACCCCUGCUUCAUUUCUAUUGGUAAACGGGAUGGAGAAGGCAAUGUCGACAAGGUUCCCUUCACUCUAAGGCUUUCUGUUCGUAAUAGCACCCUAAAGGUCAUCAAAGAUAUUGAAGUUCAGAUUCAGCAGGCCACAAACAUCAACUAUACCAUGCUCGAAUCCUCCGAAUGGACCCUGCUCGCGCACAACUACCUACGGAAAGUCUGCAUUAAGUCUGGCGAAGAGCGCGAUCUGGCGAUCGAGAUGAAGAUGAGUACCGUUGACUUCACCAAGGUGAAACAGCGAUUAGCCAUACCCCUUCCGUCCUUUAGUACGCGAUUUAUUAUGUCGAACUACAUUGUUGUGGUGAACUUCCCGAAAAACAAAUUUCAGCGAAACAUUUCCUUUCAUGGCUUACUUAACGUCUUGGAGGAAGUGUCGAUGUUUCGACAUGCUGUCAUGGUCCCCUAUCACCACACCCCUGCUGGAUCCACUAUCGAGGCACAAUAUCUCACCUACCCCGUGAAUUUUGCCGACCUCGAGGAUGAUAUGUUCGUAGUGGAACCUCAACCCUACCUUCCACGACCCGCGCAGGAGCAGUGUGUGGUAUUUGAUCCUUCCGUUAAAGAUCCAUACUGGAAUGGUCAGGAUUCGGUGAACCUCUCGGAGAGGGAAAAGGUUAGAGAGCGCGAAGAGAUGUCAGUGCAUAUGAUGGGAACCCCCCUACCAGGGCAUAUUAUCAGAGGUCAAGUUCGACUUUCACCUGUAAUACGAUCAUGCUCGGUCUUUGAGGCUUUUAGAAAGGGGAAAAAGGUAAAAAAAGUGAAUAAGCAUACAGGGAUACUUUCGUAA